AGACAGAUGGGACAGCAGGCCACUCUCCAGCCACUCUAACCGGCUCACCUCAGAGCACUCAGUAAAACAAGACAAAAGAAAAUUUGGACAGAGAAAAGACCCACAGCUCCUUGAGGAAAGGAGACAUCUUUUCUAAUUUUCUGGCAUAGAGAUCUUGAGGAAAACUGGAACCAUCUGACGGGGACAGAUAUUUCCAGAAACUGACUUAAGGAUGCAGGACAGGAGUUGGAAUGACACACUCCCCCUCUCUCUGCUGAUAAAAGAGGCAUGUCCUCCAGGGCACGUGUCCUUCGAGGGGGAUGGGGGCGUGCAUUCGGUGCCAUCUCUUGAUGGUGAGGUUUACUUGGACUCAGUACCAGAGCUAGAUAGUGGAGAUGGGGACUUUCCAGAACUUUCUGCUUUCCUGAGCCAAGACGAGAUGAACUUCAGUCUGGAUCUGGCUCGAGAAGCCAUGAGUGACGCAGGUGAACCAAAUGACCUAGAUCUACCACCUGUUUCCACAGAGCACCUGCCCCUUUAUUCAGAAACCAAAGACCACGCUCUCCAAGAUUCAACAUCACAGUCAGCUGACGCCACAUCUGGCAAAGUCACAUCCAAUCAGAGCAUGCCGCUCAGCAGGCCUAACCAGCCCUGCACUGCUCCUGAAUCGCCCGAAAAGUUCAUCUGCCAAAAAACAAUCACGCCAGUAUAUAAGCAGGACCGGCCCCGGCUGGUCCACGGAGGCCUGGAGCUCAACGAACGAGCCGCUUCAGCUACUGAGUUCUGCAGCCGAGCUGCUACCUUCAUUGAGGAGCUCUCCUCCAUCUUCAAAGGCUCCGCACGUGUGGAGCAGAAAGUUGAUGAAGACUCCUCCUCACCCGACAGUGGCUACUUGUCUCCAAGGAGCCACCGGCUGGCCAUGCAGCAGGCUCAGCCACCUUCAUCAUCUUCAUCUGAGCCCAAGCAGGAAGGCGUGCAGCAGAGCCGAGUUGAUGUUGGGUCAGGUGAGGAUCAGGGACGAGGUGUUAGUCUAGAUGGACCCAUGGCUCCUCCACACUUCACCCAGAAACUGAAGAGCCAGGAAGUAGCAGAAGGAAGUCCUAUCCGCCUGGAAUGCCGGGUCACUGGAAACCCCCUUCCGCUAGUCAGGUGGUUUUGUGAGGGGCGGGAGCUGCACCACUGCCCUGAUAUUCAGAUCUGUCGUGAUGGUGACCUGCACACUCUAGUGAUAACCGAAGCAUUUGAAGACGACACCGGCAGGUACACCUGCGUUGCUUCCAACGCACUGGGAGCAGACAACACCUCUGCAGAGGUCUAUAUUGAAGGUGUUUCCUCCUCAGACUCAGACGGUGAAGGAUCCGUGUCGAAGUCUAGGUCUGGAGCCAUGCCACAGGCACAGAAGAAAACUAGCUCAGUUUCCUUGACGAUUCACACAUCAUCACCAAAGAGCUCAGAGAGGCAACCUCACCGCUCCACGCUAGUCCAGCCUCUUUCUGCUACACCACAGAGAGUCCAGAGUCCAGUUUCCUCACUUUAUGCCAGUGAUGCGCUUGUCAAAGCACCCCCUAGCUUCACUAAGAUGUUGCAGGACGCUCAGGCAUCUGAAGGUCAGGUGGUGGUUCUGGAGUGCCGGGUGAGAGGUAGUCUUCCUCUGCGGGUCCAGUGGUUUCGAGAGGGCCAGGAGAUCCAGGACUCCCCUGACUUCCGCAUCCUGCAAAAGAAGCCAAGAUCUGCAGCAGAACCCGAGGAAAUCUGCACGUUGGUAAUUGCAGAGGCGUUCCCUGAAGACGGAGGUUUAUUCUGCUGCACUGCAACCAACCAAUACGGCUCAGUUAACAGCACUGCACAACUCACUGUCACACCAGUUGCAGAAGAGUUUCCCAGCAACGGUGUAUCUGGGGACGAAAGUGUGUUUGAGGACAACCAAUCAUUCCCGCCUCCACCUCCUCCACCCACUGAGAUUAGUUUGUUGGAAGUCCCACCCAAAACCCCACCGAGUGCUGAGGCCUUCCAGAUCAACGAGCUGGACAUCUGGCCCAGCAUCACCGCAUUGCCUGUUCAGGUCUCCACAGAUAAAGAUCCUCAUGAAAGUCUACCCAACAGACCUCUACAAAAUGGUCAGACCUUAAACAAGCCACCAGACAAGAAUCUACCAUCACCUUCAAGUGCGAAGGAAACAGCGGCUCCACCUCCAUCACCUUCAGCGGUUAAGGCUCCACCUCUCCCCACCAAACCCAAACCUAAACUAUCAAAUGAGCAAGCAGACGACCUCUCAAACGAAAGAAACGCGGCACAACUGAAGCAGCUUCAAGAUCAGAUCCUUUUGGAGCAGCAACAACCGCUUCCCACUCCUCAGGAAGUCCCGCCUCCUUCUCCACCUCUCCCACCUCCUCCCUCGUUCCAGGAGCUGGAGAGUAGCACCAUGCAGACAAGCACCUUCAACUAUGCCCGACCCAAGCAGUUCAUCGCUGCCCAGAGUCCCACAACAAGCGGUGGACCAAUUGAAUACAGCACGCAGUCCUCGACCUCCUCAAGCUCCAGUCCACUGUCCCCCAUAACAGCCCACAAGCCCUUCAGCCGUGUCACUCUUCCGCCCUUCCAGCAGCAGCCGCUGCUGUCCAAAGGAAGUAGCUUGGAUUCUCCCAGCUCACCUUCCUUCCCUCCACCCCCUCCGCCCUUCCUCAGCUCCAGCACUCUGUCCUCUCCUUCUGGCUUGCCACAAGACUUCCCCCCUCCGCCGCCUCCGCCACCUGUCAUGUCAAGCCCCACCCGCUCAGACAGCUCUUCGCCCUUCACGUCUACUCCCCAAUCACCAGCCGGAUUUCUAGUAUCGGUGCUCCCAGCCACACCUCCUCCACCACCAAUGAACGCGCUUGGGCUGCCCAAGGGUAACGGCACAGUAGCCUUGCCACGUAAGACUACACCCCGUACACCUCGCAUCUACUCCGAUACGGAUAUCCAGGGCUCCAAAGACGCUGUCAUACAAGAUCUAGAGAGAAAACUACGUUUCAAAGAGGAGAGACUCAGCAAUGGACAACAGAGGCUAACCUAUGAGGAGAAGAUGGCUCGCAGGCUGCUGGGUGCUGACAAUGCCGCCACAGUGUUUAACACACAACAGGUGGAGGAGGAGCCAGUUACACAGGAAGGCAGCUCAGCUGACUCAGAGUCUGUCCCUCAAAAGGAGUAUAAAGUGUCCAGCUUCGAGCAGCGGUUGAUCAGCGAGAUUGAGUUCCGUCUGGAGCGCUCGCCUGUCGAGGAAUCUGACGAUGAUGUUCAGCAUGAUGAAGCAGCGCCUGGAGAGGUUGCACCGAUCUUCGAUCAGAAGCUCAAGCACUACAAGGUCUUCGAGGGCAUGCCUGUGACCUUCAGCUGCAAGGUCAUCGGAGACCCAAUGCCAAAGGUGUACUGGUUUAAGGACGGAAAGCAGAUUUCCAAGCGCAGUGAACACUACCGUAUCAGUCGUGAUCCGGACGGCACGUGCUCCCUGCACACAGCUGCUGCCUCACUAGAUGAUGAUGGGAACUACACCAUCAUGGCAGGAAACCCAGCGGGGAGAGUGAGCUGUACUGGAAGGAUGAUGGUUCAGGCUGUGAACCAAAGGGGGAGAAGUCAGCGCUCCACACCUGGACACAUCCGCAGACCACGCUCAAGGUCCAGGGACAGUGGUGAUGAGAACGAGAACAUUCAGGAACGUCACUUCCGCCCUCAUUUUCUUCAGGCCCCCGGUGACCUUAUUGUGCAAGAGGGUAAACUCUGCCGCAUGGACUGCAAGGUAAGUGGUCUGCCAACUCCUGACCUCAUCUGGCAGCUGAAUGGCCAGACCAUCCGUCCAGACUCCUCCCACAAGAUGCUGGUGAGGGAGAACGGCGUUCACUCAUUGGUCAUCGAGCCUGUCACUAGCAGAGAUGCAGGAGUUUACACAUGCAUCGCCAGCAACAGGGCUGGACAGAACUCAUUCAACCUAGAGCUUAUUGUUGCAGCCAAAGAGAUGCAUAAAGCCCCAAGUUUCAUUGAGAAACUCCAGAACACAAGUGUCGCUGAGGGUCACCCUGUGCGUCUUGAGUGUCGUGUGUCUGGAGUCCCAUUCCCACAGAUCUUCUGGAAGAAAGAGAACGAGUCCUUCACUCACAACACAGACAGGAUAAGCAUACACCAGGACAACUUUGGUUACCUCUGUAUGAUCAUCCAGCCAGCUCUGAAAGAAGACGCGGGCUGGUACACGGUUUCAGCCAAGAAUGAAGCUGGCAUCAUCUCCAGUACAGCACGUCUCGAUGUUCAUGCCCAGUGGCAACAAACCCACACCCCAAAGCCCAAGAAAGUGCGCCCAUCGACGAGCCGCUACGCCGCUCUGACAGAACGGGGUCUGGAUGUGAAGGCAGCCUUCUUCCCAGACUCCAAUCCUCUUCCUCCCGGCGCCCUAGUGGAGAGCGACGACCUGUAGAGCCUAGCAUGGAGGAUCUGACCUUCGAAGCUUGAUCCAGCAUACUCCAUAAUCCCCACCCAUUUCCCAACAAGAACCUCUUUCUCUUAAGGGGGUCAUCUGAAAAAGUGAUGGAACGACUUUGAAUGGCUUCGCUCAGAAUUUCCUCAGAGUUUGAUUCUUGGUAUUAUCACUUCUCUGCCCGAGGAGGACUUGACCAUUCACUAUGCUUUAUUUCAGUUGUUUCCUGAGGGGAAGUGAUGUGGGUGCUUAAAAGAGGUCAUAAACAGACUUAAUGGUUCGCUGGCGCACUUAACAUACACAUACACACACACACACCAGCACGGCUUGGAGGAAGGAGGUAGUAUACCGAUGAUCGCCUUGUUUUUCAUCUCUAGAUUUUCACAAGUGCCUAUGAAAUAUUUAAUUUUAAAUUAACUUUAAAGAAAUAAAUAAAAAACAUUUAUUCAAAUAACUAGCAUCUAGCUGUGCAUGUUACUACAGUGCCAACAUGUAACACUUUUUAUGUAUUUAGUUAUACCUUAGAUUAGAUAUAUUUAUGAAAUGGAGGAAAUGUCUUCCUCUCCAGCACAGGAAAUAGGACUUUUUUUUUGGGUGGUUUGGGGGGGGUUAUCUGGAAGUAGGGAACAGGAAGAUGGACACAUCUGAAACUCCAUGGACCGCAUCGUCCCUGGAGCUUCAGUAUCCUUGAGAUUGAUCAGAUGGACACUCUGCGUCUGGAUCUACAAUCCAGAGAUGUCUCACAAGGCCGGGCCUUAAUGACCUUUUCCCCACCUCGUCUUUUUGUUCAUUUUUACUAGAGGUUAAAAGCAGAGACAGUUGCGUCAUUAACAUGAGUGAUGAGAUUUGAGUGAUGAAGUUUUGGCUGACUGACAGAUUUGGACAGAUGUUUGUUGUGUUUCUGUGGAAGUGAGAGGGAGGAGGAUUGCUUAUGGUGAAAGUAUAGGAAGUGGAAUCGGCACAUGUUUGGGAAGGAUUGGCUGAUGGUGGAUGAAGAGAUUUAUACGAAUAUUGAUUUUAAUGAUGAUGGUGGUGCACGGAAUGAGCAGAUGGUAACUCUUUGACAGGUAGGCUUCAGUUUUCAGGUUUGGAAUUACAGAAACAUAACACAAAAUGUGAUACUGGCAGCACGGAUUUGUUCAUUUAUAGCUUUUUCAAGAAAAACAACAACACUGAAAGCAUCUAUAUAACAAAAUAACACUGAAAGCAAAAUUUAAUACACAUUUAAAAUGAUAGUAGCGUUCUCUCAAAACUUGCAGUUGAAUAUCAAAUACUCAAAAUAGGAGUUCAAGUUUAGCCAUCAUCUCUCACACACUUGCAACGUACAGUAUAUACACAAAAUAUAGCAGAAUGUAUACAUGUAAGCCUAUGAUUGAAUAUGCUCUUUCUGACACAGCUGUUUAUCCUUCAAAUUAGUCAGAUUUUAUGAGGCUUUUUUUUUUUUUUGCAAUAUUUUCUGAUUUCCAAGCCAACCUGUGCCUGUAUACGGACUGUUCUCCUUCUUCUCUUCUGGUUUAUGAAUAGUACAUUAAAUAAAUGUCUCUGAAAGUA